UGUACUUGUCAUUGAUAAAUACAAGUUGAUAAAUAAGACACUCACGUGGACAAAACUGUACGAAUCCAAACAAUAUCACAAAAGUUGGGGAAUUGGAGUCCUUCAAAUGAACCACAGCAUUAUACAGCUGUCAAUUUGGCGACACCUGCUGGACACUUGCGAUGACUGCACCUAAUUUCUUUCCCUCAAGUCAAGAAUUCAUUGCGGCCAACACUGCAGCUGCUGCUUGUUUGCACACAAUGUCUUCAUGUUUUCUAUCAUUUUAUUUAGACGUGACAAAAUGCUGACGACAGAAGACUGACGAUGAAUGAAUUGAUGGAUUAAUGUGACCACAAAGAAUAAGACGAUAAAUAGUGAAACUAACACCCUGUGUUGUGUUAAUGAACUUUUAGCUGGAAUGAGCAGUGAAAGAAGCAUCAAAGAAUGUCUGAUGAGAGUUCAAGCAGCUCAUUAGCAGAUUAAACAUCAUCCAGGUGUUUGAUGGCGGCACCACUCGACUUUAAAACUGGACCCCGCUGGACCUCCGUAGCUCACAAACGUCUUAAACAUCCGAGAGAGAACUUUUUUGGAGAACUUCGCAACAGUCCAUCAUGGAGCAGAGCAGACUGUCGGACUUCAGCAUCGAGCGCAUCCUCUCCCUGGAGCUCGGACACAAGCCGACCGGACCCAGCUUUGCACCGGACCUCCAUGACGCGCCGCCUGCAGGAUUCGGCGAGGACGCUGUGAACUUCAGACCAGCAGCUCCGGUACCGAUGCCGGCCUGCUUUCAGUACUUCGGGGAAACGUUCUACCCUUACGGAGUCGGCUUCCAGCACACAGAAGCGUGCAACUUCUACCAGAACUCCUCCAUGUUCGUUUCCUUCAGCCCGAACUCUGCAGAUGUGCAGGCGGUAUCCGGCUGCCAUGGCUACCACCCGGCAGGACCUCCAGGCCAGCUGCCGCGCCAGAAGACCCGGAUGAGGACAGUCUUCACGGACUGUCAGACCAAACACCUGGAGACCCUCUUCUCCAUCACUGACUAUCCUCCAGUUGAGGCGCGUGCACAGGUGGCCAGGAGCGCGGGCCUCAGCGAGGAGACCGUCAGGGUUUGGUUCAAGAACCGCAGGGCCAGGAGGAAGCGUCAGUGCAGCGGAUCAAAGGUCAAAGUGCAUUCCCCACCUCCCAGCGCAGGAACCGAGAAGCUCCUCAGAACCUUCGUUUGACUCACCUGCACGGGUCGAAGGUCAGCUGACACGAGCGCCCUCUUAGCCAGUAUUUCAUUUUUGUUAU